CACCAGUAUGGUUUUCCAGUUUAUCAUCCUAAAUUGAAUGCAAUACAAGAAACGUCACAGCGGCGGCGUCGACUAACUUUGAGGUUAUAAUUUGUUUAUUUGAAUUUCUUGAUAAAUAAUAAAUCUUACGCUGUUAAACCUACACCAAGACCCAUACAAAUCUCACAGCAAUGGCAAAGCAUCAUCCAGAUCUUAUUUUCUGCCGUAAACAGCCUGGCGUCGCUAUCGGUCGUCUUUGCGAGAAGUGCGACGGCAAGUGCGUGAUAUGCGAUUCGUACGUGCGCCCAUGCACGCUGGUGCGUAUUUGCGACGAAUGUAACUACGGUUCUUACCAGGGCAGAUGCGUUAUCUGCGGUGGUCCUGGCGUAUCUGACGCUUAUUAUUGCAAGGAGUGCACUAUACAGGAGAAGGAUAGAGAUGGAUGUCCUAAGAUAGUUAACCUGGGUAGUUCCAAGACUGACCUCUUCUACGAAAGGAAGAAAUACGGGUUUAGAAAACAUUAGCAGUAACUACUUUUAUUUAAGUGAAAAAAAGACUAUGAUGUGCAUAAAGAAUGUUAUUCAUUAAGAAGUCUUGUGGUGUAUUUGUGGAGACUGUAAAG